CAUGUGACCGCCCUGCAAGCAGAAGGCAGGCAUCCUGCGAGAGAGGUGUGAACAUUGUAUAACAAUGGACCAAAAAGAACUUGGGGAUGACACCCCUGUAAUCACUGAUGAAAUGAAAGACUGGAUGGAGAAAGCUUUUCAAAUGGCACAGGAUGCAUUGGAUAAUGGUGAAGUUCCUGUUGGUUGUCUCAUGGUUUACAAUAAACAGAUAGUGGGGAAAGGAAGGAAUGAGGUCAAUGAAACAAGGAAUGCUACACGGCAUGCAGAAAUGGUGGCAAUCGAUCAAGUAGAUGAUUGGUGCCGGAAGAAUGGAAAGAAUGCCUCAAAAGUCUUUGAAGACACCAUUUUGUAUGUGACCGUGGAACCAUGCAUAAUGUGUGCUGGGGCACUGCGAUUACUCAAAAUUCCUCUGGUGGUGUAUGGAUGUCGCAAUGAAAGGUUUGGAGGGUGCGGGUCUGUACUGAAUAUAGCUGAAGAUGAUAUCCCUAAUACUGGAACACCUUUCAAGUGCAUAGCUGGAUACCAGACAGAGAGAGCUGUUGAAAUGUUGAAAACUUUUUACAAGCAAGAAAAUCCGAACGCUCCAAGAUCAAAAGUUCGAAAAAAGGAAUAAUUUACAUCGGACAUCUGAAGCUUUACAUUUUACCUUUUUAUAUAUUUUUUUGGUCUGAUUACUUAUUGCCAUCUUAGCAGAUAUACUGUAAAAAGCAAUACAUUUAAAAGAAACAAGCACGCCUGAAGACUUGGCUCUAUGUAAGUCUGCAUUCCAUAGAUACACGUGGCCACGUUUAUCACAAGCUUCAGUUCUACUUGCAGAAAGCGGCGAUGUACUUUCUGAUCAAAGAAUAAUAAUGCACAAAAAUGCUUCAUCCCAAAAAGAAGUUUGCGAUUGCCAAUGUAUUUUAUGAAGUAAA